ACUUUUGUAAAACGUCAAUGGUAAAAACAUAAACCAAUUAGAGCAUGGUGUACCUAUGUAUUCUUGUAAUAUCCAAAAUUAAAAUAUAAAUAACAAUGUGAAUUAACUCUAUAGAGUGUUAUGAGUCGUUGUGCCAAAACUGUCGUAAUAGUUUUAUUUAUUUUUGUUUGUUUUACAUACGCGUUAUCUUUGUUUUUAAGAAUCGGUAAUAACUAUUUUGCUUCGGGUGCCUCCGAAGUUGAAAUUUGGCUUCAACAAAAUCACCUACAAAAGUAUAGUGAUUUAUUUAAGCAAAAAGGAAUAUCCCAGUUGGCCCAGUGUGGGCAGCUCGGGGAAUUACCGGAACUUCCUGCACCCGAUGAACAACGUCUUCAAAGAGCUGCACUAAUUCUACAACAAAGAUUGGUAUUGCGUCAAUGGCUUUACAAAUACAAUUUACAUUCUUAUUAUCCUAAGUUGCUGACUAUAGAAGUUACCUCUCUUGAAGACGUCUAUUGGUUGGAGGAUACCAAGGCUAAACAGGUAUUCUCCAAAGAUUUUCCUCGUUGGUCUGCUGCUAGACAAUCUCUGCCGAUUUCCAAGCAACGUUUGGAAGUACUUAAGGCUGAUCUUUGGUCAGAAGUUGUCAAAAGCAGUCAUCACCAAGACGCCUGGACAUGGGGAGGAAUGCUGGUGGUAUCCGUAUCUGUUGCAGGAUUGGUCACUUUGGCUGCUAUGACCCAACCAUCUUUAGCGCCCGAGGCCAAGCAUUCCCUACUUCAAUAUGUCACCGGAAAAUAUCUGUUACCGUCAAAUUGUAAGGUAAAUUUUCAAUGGUCAUGUCCUCAUCCCGUGGGCCAAACAGUUUGUUUUACUGUGCAAUUCUACCAACGUAAUGGACAGCCUUAUCCAAUCUGUGAUACUGAUAAUUUUACUGUUGAUGUUUGCGGAGGUUCAAGAAAGUUAGCCGUUAUAACGGAAUUGGGUUCUCCAACGGAUCCGAACAGCGCUAAUGUUGCAAAAGUUAAAUUUACCGUCCGACACGCUGGUCAGUAUCGAAUUUCCGUAAUGGUUGGUACUCAACACGUGGCCGGUAGUCCUUUUACAACUGUAUUCGUUGCCGGACCAGCUUUUGCCCAAAGGACCAUGGUUGUGAGACAUUGCAGCACUGUCGUAUGUACUGCUAAUGUCGCUCAUUUAUUGUACAUCGAACCUAGAGAUGAAUAUAGCAAUAUUUGUCGUUAUUUGUCCACCGACAAUCCAACAGAGGGUUAUACUGUUGAUAUAAUACAAUUAGGAAGUCAAUCGCACGAAUCUGAAUUAGACGUAGACAAAGAAAAUUUUACCACUAGCUUAGAUUAUGAUUGGGAAAGUCAACGAGUUAGCGUACAAUUGAAAUUUUUUAGAGAAGGCUGUUAUCACUCUACUAUUUAUUAUCAUGGUACGGAAUUACAUAAUGGAGACUUUGAUAUUAUCGUUUUAAACAGCGUAGAUUCUACUCUAGUUCAUAAAAACGUUGCUUCUAAAAAUCAUAAUAUUUGUUACGAUGCAAAAUUAGUUGGGAUUCAUGGAGAAAGAAUACCAAAACCUAAAAAAGUUUUAUGUUACGUUUCACCAAAACAACUUAUAAUUAAGGAACUUAUUUUGAAGUUUAUACCAAAGAGACUGUUCACUUUUAGGUUAUGUCCAUCAACCAAGUUUACUUUCCAUGCAGAUACAUUAAAAUUCAGCGAAUUCUACUCUUCUUCUUUCACUGUAGACGACGGCUGUCAGCCAAAAAUAGAAUUAGUUUCGAAAGACAGGAAUGUUAUAGCUGCCACAUUUGCACAAUUCCUUUUAAAGAACAUGGGUGGAUCGGAAACAUUCAAAGACAAACAAGAUUUCUUUUAUCACGAAGUAAGGAAAUUCCAUCAAAAACAUUACCAUGAGAAAAUAUCCAUGAAAGUAAACAGAGAGAAGUUACUAGAGUCGAGUAUGAAGGCGACAAAAAAUUUCUCUGUUUCAGAUUGGUGUAAGAAUUUUGAGGUUAAUUUUCAAGGUGAACAAGGUAUUGAUUGGGGAGGCUUAAGAAGAGAAUGGUUUGAAUUAAUAUGCGAACAACUCUUCGAUGCCAAAUAUAAAUUAUUUACAAGUUUCCACGAAGGACAACAAUCUUUGGUACACCCCAAUCCCGCAAGAGGUUCCCAUAUUAAAUUGAAACAUUACGAAUUCGCUGGAAAAGUUGUUGGAAAAUGUUUAUACGAAAGUGCGUUAGGUGGAUCUUACAGGCAGUUAGUUAGAGCUAGAUUUACUAGAUCUUUUUUAGCACAAGUGAUAGGACUUCGAGUACAUUAUAAGUAUUUCGAACAAGAUGAUCCAGAUUUGUAUCUAUCGAAAAUAAAAUACCUUUUAGAUCAUAAUAUCGACGAAAUAGAUACUGAAUUGUAUUUCGUUGAAGAACAAUACGAUUCUAACGGACAGCUAGUCAAAACCGUCGAAUUAGUCCCGAACGGUUCUAAAAUUAAAGUCGUAAAUAGUACAAAACAACAUUAUUUAGAUGCUCUAGCGCAAUAUAGAUUAGCUACAAAUAUAAAAGACGAAAUGGAAGCUUUCCUUAGAGGAUUAAACGAGUUGAUCCCCGAUAAUCUUUUGAGUAUAUUCGAUGAAAACGAAUUAGAACUUCUUCUCUGCGGUACCGGUCAGUAUAGUAUCGCAGAUUUCAAAGCCCAUCAUGUUGUUAACGGUAACUCUACAGAAUUCCGAAGAAUAGUUGGUUGGUUUUGGGCGGCAGUGGGUAACUUCACACAAGAAGAAAUGGCUAGGUUGCUACAAUUCACUACAGGUUGCUCUCAGUUACCUCCAGGUGGAUUCAGAGAAUUAACACCUCGGUUUCAAAUCACUGCAGCUCCUACUUUUGGAAAUCUCCCGACCGCACAUACUUGUUUCAAUCAACUUUGUCUACCUGACUAUGAUUGCUAUGAACACUUUGAAAAAUCUCUUUUGUUGGCGAUAAGUGAAGGCACAGAAGGAUUUGGAAUGGUUUGACCACAACUGUGAUUUAUUUAAGAUAUUAGUAACAUAUUUUCGUUACUUGAUUAUAACCAAAAGAUAUUACAUGAAAAAAAAAGGUUGCUUAUAUAAUAUUUUGUGUACGUCCAGAAUUGCAUAACUACUAUAAAAACAAAUUAAUGCUGUUAUUCAUUCAUUGAAACAAAUAUUAAAUAGAUAAUAUUGAAAAAAUAUGAAAGUGGUACGGUUUUACGGUUUUUUCAAAGUUGAGUAUAAUAUUUUUACUUAUAUUGUGAAUCACAAGUCCCAAUGUUGUUGUCGAAUUCAACUAAGGUGCAAAAUCCUAAUUAAAGUAUUAGAUAUUGGCAUCCAAAUUUGGUUAUUAUUAUUAUUAUAUAUUAUUACUUUGACUCAUUUGUAAAACUUUAACAAUAAAGUUUUUAAAGGCUCUUCUGGUUCACCAAGUAAUGGAAUGAAACUUUACCACCGGAACAGUACAUUGUAUUAGUUUCAUCUUCCCAUUUGAAAGUAUCACAAUAGUGACAUUUUUUAUUCAUUGAGCCAAUAACAAUCAAAGGAUGAUUAUGAUAUUAAAUGAAGGAUCUUAUUGAAACCUAGUACCAUUGAAUACCGACCAAUCCUUACACAUGAAAUUACGACGGCGUGUGGUCAGCUUUUCUGCAUUAUCAAUUCUUCUUGCCUGCGAUUGUUCUGGCGUUUCUAUCGCUCUUCUAGCUGCCUGCAACGUAGCUUGUCUUUCUGAACGAAAUCGUAUCUGAAGAGGAUUUUCAGCUGCUCUCAAAACACUUUGUCGCUUUGCUUGCUGUUGUCUUCUCACGUUUGCUGCACGGGGCUUUUGCUUCCGAUGCAUUUUUAAAGAACAGAGUAAAUUAAAACAAAAAGUAAGAUCUAGAAUAAUGAUAUUGACACAUAACCUCAAAAAUUCAAAUAGUUCUACACCGCAUAUAUAAUGGCAAUAAUAACAAUAAAUCCAAAUAGCUGAAACUAUAGUCAAUUGGGUUGGAUAUUGAUGUGACGUUGGUGGUAGAGUACGCAGGGUUGGAACUCCAUUACAGGAUGCUAGAUAGCGUUGAGGAAGCUAGACUUUGAGAUUUUUAACAAAAAAUUGUUUUAUGUCACGUAAAAAAUAAUUUUUUUUUCAUAAAAAGUAUCCUAUGUUAUUUCUAAUAGCUUCAAAAAUAUGUGUACAAAGUUUUAUGAUGAUCGAUUAAGUAGUUUAUUAAGAAAUAAUUAGUAUUAGGUUUUUAGUGUAAUGACGCAAAUUUGGGAAAUAAAAUAUUUCCUUUUUCUAUUUUUAAUUUUUAUAAUAAAUAUGAAAAUACUUAUUAUAUAUCAGAAACAGUGAUGAUAGGUAUAAGACAUUGUACUUGAAUUAAAGAAUCUGAAUAAUAGAUAAUAUGCGGGGAUGCAUUUAAAAUAAGAAACUUGACAUUGGCCACUGUCACAUGACACACGAUAUAAUUUAUUUAUAUUUAUAUUAACGUAUUCAAGCGUUUUUACCAAUACGCCGUCAUUUAUUUAUUAACGAAUUUAUUUCAAUUAGCAGUUUCACUUCGUAGUUUUAAGCAAUAUAUAAUCAUUUAAAAUGCUGUUUCUCAACUAGAAGAUAAUAAAGAUGAUAAAAUUUCGUAAUAUGUAUCAAAAUAUUUUUUCACCUGAACGUACACAAAAGGUAGCUAUAUAAUUUUAAUUUAAAAAUAUAUAUUUGUCAAUUAAAUCUCUGCACCCUUAUAAUGAAAAAAUGGUAACCAGUAUUUAAUACUUAUCAAAAGAUUACCUUUUAGUUCUACAAUCAGUUUGUCUAUAUAUUAGUUUUGUUAAGGUUUUUCUGAUCUAAGUAAACUAUACUAUCUUCAAUAGAAAUGAUCAAUCCGAAUCAUCUAAUCCAUGGCUGCGGUACUCGCGUUAAGACCUAGAUGAGUUGUCAGUCUUCUGUAAAGCAACCAUUUUCCAAUUUGACAAUAAUGGAAGCUUUCUGAAUUUCAGUUAACCAAGGAGACAUUGAGUACAUUUUUAAUUCAAUUGAACUCAAAUUGAUUAUUGAAUUAUGUGUCACUGCCAGUGACAGUGACAUUAGAUAGAAACUCUGAUGUAAGUGUAUGCUUUUUCAAUGAACAGAAUUAUACUUUCAGAUAGUAUGACAGCUGCUAUUGGGGCAAAAAUGGCUGUCAUAGCUAUUUUAAAAACAUACUAGUGUAAAGUUUUAUCUUGAUCAGGUAAUAACUUUUAUUUACAACCAUAUAUGACAUUCUGUCAUUACUAAUGUCAUUGAAGGUUGGAAAGUGUCAUAUUAUACAUCUCUACUUCCCUACUUCCUAAAAUUUUUCUCAUCUAUUCUAGAUGAAUAUUUUUUAUAUUUAAAAAUAUAAAUUUAUUAUAAUACCUAUUGAAUGGCAAUUUUUUUAAAUUUAAUGUUUUAGAUAUGUUCAGAACGAAACAAAGAUUUAUUAAUUUUGAUAGAAAUAUAGUUUCUUAUAGAAUAGUAUAAAAACUUCUGUAGGAAGUUUCAUUCUUGUCUCCGGUCUUGGUUAACUAUAUCUAAUCCCUCGACACUAAUGAAAUUCUUCUCACGUCGGUGUGUAAUAUACUAUUUUUAAUCUGUUCCUUUUUUCUCAACUUUGUAAUUAUUUUGGUACGACAAUUCGAACCUUGACGAAUUGAAGAUAUUUCAUCUAUAGUAAAACACUCUGUAAUUUCUUUUCUCUGCCUACGAUUUUUCUGUCAAAUCGGUUUAAGAUUUCUUCAUUGUCCGUGGAAUCACAAUCUAGCUUAAAAACUUCUAUUUUAAUUGUUUUCUUUUCCGGGCUAUCAGUAUCAAAUAAUCUUCUGUUACCAUGGUUACCGCAUACUAAAGACAGCGUCAUCUUUUUGACAUACUGUGCUUGAAUUAUUAUGAAAAUGCCGCCUAUGAAGUAAAAAAUUUCUGAUUAUGAAAGUUUUAACUGUUAGCAUCAAAAAUAAUAAAAGCUGAACCAAACCAAGACAUGGCCCUCUUGUCAGAGUCAUCUUACAAAAAUCUUUCCUGGUACUGAUAUAUUUAAGAUGUUAGAUAAUAUGUCGAAAGAAGUGAAAGUUUGGGGUCAUUAGAACCAGUAAAAACCAUCAAAAACACUCUUUAGCUUUGUUUAUAAGUGCCUAUAUUACAGUAUCCGUUAUGUUACCUCUCAUUGUUAGUUAUCUGAUGUUGUUAUGUUGGUAAAUACACUUAGAAGCAGUUUUUUUUAUGUGAACAUUUAAACUUGACUUACUAUGUAUCAAAUAAAAAAGGCCAUGUUUUCACAACAUGGGUUCAGAAACAUAUUAAAAGCACUACCACAGAUUUAUACUUUUGUAUUUACUUACUACAUUUAUAGUUUUUUCACUUCCGAAGAAGUAUUAUUUUUACAAUUUCAAUUAUUGUGUACUUAAUAUCAGUUUUUGUGUAACGUAUUUUAUGUAACCAUUAUGUAUUUUCUAAUUCCAUCGAUAAGUAUUAUUUAAUUAUUAUUUAUUAUAAAAAAAGACAAGAAUAAUGGAAGAAACUUCAACAAAUAAAAUUAAAACAUUUUAACUAUCAAUUUUAUUUGUUUGUUGAUAAAUUAUUUAUUUAUAGUAUUAUUUGCAAUACUUAUUUGGAGGAUCUGAUUGUCCCUUCGCUAACAAAACAAUUUUUCUGUUAUCACAAAUUAUUACUUGAUAAUCACCCUAAUUAGCGGUUGAGAAACAAUUAUUUAUACUUAUAUAACCUUAAAUUCACCGGCAAGAGACUCUUCCUUAAGAAGUUGUAUUUGGCGUCAGUUAAAGUAUAUAAACUGGUACUCAGAUGGGGUGAACAAUUAAUAUUAAAUUGGAUGCCACCAGCUUUUCAACGAACGACUUUAAAGUCACUAAAAACAGUGGAAAGAUGGAAACAUCAUAAUGAAAAUCUGAAACUGAGAACAUUAUGAUACAUAUUUUAUUACAAAAAGAUGACUAGAAGAAAUAAUUUAUUUUAAAUUGAAAUAUGAG